AUGACGUCAGGCCAACCAUCUGAUCAAAUCAACACCAUAGCUCGCAAGUCAGCCCUUCUUCCCAAGAAAGAAUCCCGCAGGUCGUGUGAUGCCGACCCAAACCUUGACGAAGAUGAGGGGCAGCCUCCCACCACACACACACUUGAGGAGGAGGGGAGGCAAAGUAACCCCAGGGUGUCCGUGAACUGA